AUGCAACGUUUAAACAAUUUGAUUGAUGAUAGUGAUAGUGAUGAGGAAAUUAUACCUAGACUAAAGAAGCAGACUUUGUUCCUGCUAUCGAAAAUUGAACGUAACUUGGAAUAUAUUUCCGAUCGCAACUUCUCCAUUGCACCUAUAAAUCAGUUGCUGGGAACUAUACGAUUUUAUGCAACCAAUUCGACUCAAAUGACCAUUGGCGACACCUGUGGUUGGAGCACUCCCACUACAAAUAAAAUAAUACACAGAGUCAGUGCCGCUAUUGCUGCACUACAUAGUGAAUAUAUAAAGUUCCCCAGCACUCAACUAGAGAUAAGGACAGAACAAGACAAUUUUUAUCACAUUGCUCGAUUUCCAAGGGUAAUUGGUGCUAUGAAAUGCACGCACAUUAAGUUGUCUUUUGUCCCUCUCCGAUCUCAGGUAGGAGGUGAACAAGCAGAAUUGUACCGAAACAGAAAGGGUUAUUUUUCUAUAAAUGUGCAGACAAUAUGCAACUCCAACCUAGAAAUCACUGACAUCGUGGCAAGAUGGCCAGGGUCAUGUCAUGACAGCACAAUAUUCAACAAUAGCAUAAUUAAGGUAAAGUUUGAAGAUGGAUGCUAUGGUGAUGCACUAUUAGUAGUUGAUGGUGGAUAUGCCUCAACGUCUUACAUGAUGGCACCAUUAGAAAGCCCGAGAACACAGGCAGAGCAACUCUAUAAUGAGUCACAAAUAAGAACGAGAAAUCCUGUUGAAAGGAGUUACGGUGUAUGA